UAAAAUAUUGUUUUAGUCCUACUCUACAUACACACAUACAUACAUAUACAUAUUUUGAAUUCUUGGCCAAUCUAAUUACCGUUGGGGCUGGCCUAGUUUUGUCCAAUCAGCUUCAGGCUCUUACUAUAAAUAAGCGGCCAGGCUUUUCUCUUCACUGGAAUCCAGCUAUUAUACCAUGGCUCGGACGAAGCAGACUGCUCGUAAGUCCACCGGCGGUAAGGCUCCGCGCAAGCAGCUGGCCACUAAGGCGGCCCGCAAGAGCGCCCCGGCCACCGGCGGCGUGAAGAAGCCCCACCGUUAUCGUCCUGGAACCGUAGCUCUCCGUGAGAUCCGCCGCUACCAGAAGUCUACGGAGCUGCUGAUCCGAAAGCUGCCGUUUCAGCGCCUGGUGCGGGAGAUCGCGCAGGAUUUCAAAACAGAUCUGCGCUUCCAGAGUUCGGCGGUGAUGGCGCUGCAGGAGGCUUGUGAGGCUUACUUGGUGGGGCUCUUCGAGGACACCAACCUGUGCGCUAUCCAUGCCAAGCGUGUCACAAUCAUGCCUAAAGACAUCCAGCUUGCGCGUCGUAUCCGUGGUGAAAGGGCCUGAGUCUCAAGGGCGCCCCAGCUGUAUCCCCAAAGGCUCUUUUCAGAGCCACCCACGUGCGUGCUUGAAAAGAUCUGUUUCUCUGUGUAAUUUCUGGUAUUCGUUUUAUCUAUGGCAGGUAGGUCCCAUUAUUUACACGUUUUGCAAACUUCUUACAGUGAAAUUCAGCCUAUCUCUGUUAAAAUGUUAACCUACUUCCCGGCAUAUAUUACCCACCUCGCCCCGCCUGCCACCUAUGCUUGUUUUGACAGCAUGGCGCCUCGACUUAUUUUUCUGCAAACGUGUGUAGUGUGUAUACUUAGAAACCAAUAUCUUAAGGUCACAUUAAGGUAUUGUCAGGAAAACUAAGGUUAAUACAGCUCGUGUUGCCUGAAGUAAAAGUAUUUGUUUACCCCAUUUCUUCCUAAGCUGUUUUGUUUCUAGGUCUGAAUUCAAUAUUUGAAGCUGAUAUCUGGGCCUGCUUAAGUGCCUUCACUAUGGUUGAUGACAUGGUCUGAGGGUCAAGAAUCGUUUUCAGGGAGAGCCAGCCAGAGAAGAUGCCCUUUGAAGCCUCUCUUGGGUCUUUGCUUAAAUAUUACCUUCUCAUCAUGGUUUUGUCUGAUUAUAUAAAUUAAAACUGUAAUCCCCACUAAUUUUUUCACCCUACAAUUUAUUACCAUAAGCUGUACCAUACGUUUUGCUUAUUUAUUUUUGUCUUGUCUCUUCUAAGACGCAUGUUCAUGAAAGGAGCAACUUUUGUUUACUCACAUCCCCAGUAAUGUAGCAGCUCUCAGGCAAUAUUUGUUGGAUAAAUGAAUAAAACAACCGUGCGGAAAAUCACAGAUGAGAGUAAAACAGAUUAACCUGCUAGUUGUGCUAAAGUCAGCUACUUGUGAAUCAUGACAGGCCAUUCUUGUCUUCAGAAUUCUAGCCAUCCAUAACUUUCUAUGAUCUGUCUUCCAUUCUUGUAAGCAUUCAAGACUUUCUCUGGCAAAUUGGCUUGUGUAUGUGUUAUCUU